AUGCGCGCGAGGCCGGGCUGGUUUUCGGUCAUCUGCCCUGGGGGAGGAGACCGGAGGAAACCUUGCGUUUCUCCGCCCCGGGUCUUGCCCCGACCGCUCUGUGAUUGGGGCGAGGAAUCAGGUCGCUCUCCUGAGGCUGCAUCGACCGCAGUCCUGCGAGGGAGAGGGGCGCAGUCAGCGGUGGAUAUCCUUAUCUCUGGAUAUAUUGCAGGUGGCUAUGCACCAUUUCUUUCUUUGACUGCCAGAGAAAGUGCUUUUACUGUUGCCUCUAGCACUGAGAAAGCUUUUCCAGGCCCAGGACAUUAUAAUGUUUCAGAAGCACAGAAAAUUUCAACAGCACCUGUGGCUACCAGAAAUUUUGAUGUUCCUUCAAUUCCUUCUUAUGGACAGUCAUAUGGUUAUCAUAUUAAUGAGGAUGGCAGUAUUAUAAAACACUUUCCACCUGCUAGUGACCCUACAAUAGGUCCAGCAUAUUACAAACCUCAAUUUGAUGUUUCCAAUGCAACUUUGAAAUACAAAGGUAUACAUUUUGGUAAUUCUCUGGGAAGACAAGAGUUACCUAAAAAGUCAGGUCCUGGUCCUGGACAGUAUGACAUAGAACAGGAAAAGAGAUUACAUUAUGAAAAUAUUAAUAUCAAGAAAGAUCAACAGCAAAAUUAUUGCUCAUUUAUCCCACGAUUUUAUGACAUAAUAAUAUUGCAGGAGGAGAAAAAG